AUGGAGCAUCAUUACAAGUCUUUCUCGAAGAAAUCAAUUCAAGAAAAGCUUCAGCAAUUAGCCCAAGUGGAUCCAAUUUUUAGAAAAAAUUUUGAAUUCGUUAUAUCAAGCCUGCAAAAGAUUUCGAAAAUUCCUUCAGUUGAUCGCGUCGAUUUGACAGAAAACGUUUCGUCGUCUCGAAAUUCGCCUCUAUUUGAUCAGUCUAGGACUGAUGAGAGUAACCAUUCUGAUUCUUCGGCCUCUGAAGAAAACCGAAGUCUCACCGAAGAUGAAGCUUUUGCAUUGGUAGACGAAUUCUAUUAUGGAAAAGAAAAGUUUCGGGAGAACUAUCCAUUUUACACGGAAGGAAUUGUGAUGCGCUCAACAAACUUUAGAAAUAAGAUUCAUAUUUACACCUCAAGAAUUGGUCGAAUUAUGAUCGAUGAUAGUGAGACUCGGAAGUCGAAGAACUAUUGUUUUUUGCUUGUUGAAAAGCCAAACAAGUUCAAAGCAAUCGAUUUCUCUGAGACCCCUAAAACCGUCAUAUCGACGAAAUUUUUGAGGAAUGAAAAUUUGGAAGUUAGAGCAUACGCACUUCUUGGCUGGGGAGAUAGCAAUUCCGAAGGAACCGAUUGGAUUGCUUGGAAUGACACCCUUGGUCUAAUGAAAUGUUUAAAAGGAGCUGCUCGAAUCAAUAAGAAGAAAUUUGAUAGCUGGACUGUUUCUUGUGAUCCUGUUUCUGUAAUUAGUGUUUUUGAAAAUGGUAAAUGGAUUGUUCGGAAAAUCUCCGCAUUAACAAGCAUUGAAACGAUAAAGAACAAUGCUCUUCCACAAGAUGCAUUUUUUUCAAGUGCGGAAUUAACGGAAGUGGAAUACAACUUUCGAUAUGUGUUGAGGGCUGAUAUUGGAAUCAACAUCAUAGUUGACCGGAAAUAUUUUGCCCGUGACGAGCAAUUUUCUCUGGGAAACCGAUACGAGGGAAUUUUUGUUCCAGCCUUUUCGGAUAAAGGAAGAAAACGAAUCUAUACCGGAAUCGCUUUCCUCAGAGAAUUUGAAUGGGAAAAGGAUCCGCAUUUGAAUGGAAUCAAACAGCAUUGUAUGAAGAAUACCGCGAGAGUCUUCGAUAUUGAUCUCAACAAUAUCAAUGUUCCGCUUGAUGACCAAACAACGAAAAUCUGCAAUGAAGAAACCAUCCAGGCCGAAUAUACCACCAACAUCACUUAUAACCAGAUCGUUGAGCCUCGAAUCGGCAGGCGACCAUUCGGAUUGUGA